AUGGCAAAUCUAUAUGAGAAAGUCAUGGCCGAAUUAUUAGGCCACAAUGAAAAUAACAUUAUUAGUGAUCAUAUCUGUGCUCCCUAUGAUCCAUUACAAAAUUACCAAGCACAAGUUGCGAUUACUUAUCAGUCCUUCCUUCAAUCCAAAAGAACAGGAAAUCAAAGAGCGCAAUUAUGGUAUGCCUAUUAUUUGGGCAAAAUAUUGGAAAACAUACCACCAGAACAAAGAACGGCUUGUAUUAAACAACUUAUCAGAUAUUACACCACUGCAACCGUUCGAACUUAUUAUAUUUUUCGCAAGUGGGGAACUUCUUUAAUCGAUAAAACUACGAAUUUGACAGUGCCGAUGAUCUAUGGAUUGAAAAAAAAAGAUUAUCAAAGUAUUAUAAAUUAUUUGUACUAG